AUGGACCCAGCAGCCAAGGAUGAAAUGGAGCCAACACUUCCUCCUGGCUCUUCCUGUCCUGGGCCUGAGUGGCCGGAGCAGGAGAGGGCGGAACAGCUAGCCCGAGGUGCAGCACUGAAGUGGGCCUCAGGCAUUUUUUACCGACCAGAGCAGUUGGCUAGGCUGGGCCAGUACCGAAGCCGAGAGAUACAGCGCACCUCCUCGCUGGAAGCACGCAUCAAGUCAGUGGUGCAGUCGUACCUGGAGGGCGUGCAGACUGGUGUAUGGCAAUUGAGUCGGGCCCUUGAAGCUGUGCAGGGAGUACGGGAGGCCCUGGGUCAGGCCCACAGCUUGCUUCAGGGCAUCACUGAGGCUGCACAGACCUUACAGCCCCUUCGGGAACAGGUGGUUCAACACAAGCAACUGCAAGCCCUGUCUCAGCUCUUGCCCAGACUUCAAGCAGUGCCGGCUACAGCAGCCCACAUAAAGACCAUGAUUAAUGCCCAGCAGUUUCUAGAGGCGUAUGUGAGCCUUCGAGAGUUGGAACAACUUCAAGAGGACACCUGGGGCCCCCUGGGAGGCCUGAAGUUGCCAGUCUUCGAGGGGCUGGGCCCUCUGACCGAGGCGCUGGGCUGGGCUGUGGAGGUGGCUGCAGGCUCUGCACGGCGGCUGGCUCGGGAGGACCCGGCCCAGCUGGUGGCUGCUGUGCGUGUGGCCGAGGUGGAAACUGAGCGCACGAGCCCCCUAGGGCAGCCGCUGCGGGAUUGGAGGCAGCGUUUUCUGCGGGCACUCCAGGAGGGACUGGAACAGGCCCACUUCGGGACUUCUGUGCUGCCUGGGCCAGGGGCCCUAACAGAAUGGCUGGAAACCCUGAGGGUGGCACUACCAUCAGAGUUGGCCACAGCUGAGGCGCUCAUAGCCCCCUGCUGCCCACCGCACUACCAGGUGGUCCAGCUGUGGGCCCAUACCCUGCACAGUGCCCUGCGCCGCAGGCUUCUCCAGCUCCUCAUGGGUCCUGAGCUGGGAGCUGCUGAUGCCUUCACCCUGUUGCACUGGACACAGCACGUGUACCUGGGGUCAGAGAUGAUGGGGAGACUAGAGUUGGGGCCUGAUGCUGAUGUGUCGCACCUGGAGCCCCUGCUGACCCCAGAGAAUAUUGAACAGCUGGAAGCAACCUAUGUGGCCAAGGUCCAGGCAAGCGUGGCCCAGUGGAUGCAGAAGGCACUGGAUGGGGAGGUAGCUGAAUGGGGUCUGGAAAAGGAACCAGACACAGACCCGUCUGGCUUUUACCACUCUCCGAUGCCAGCCAUUGUGCUGCAGAUCCUGGAUGAGAACAUCCGAGUGACCAGCCUGGUUGGUGAGUCAUUGCAGCGGCGGGUGCAUGGCAUGGCAGUGUCAGAACUGAGCACGUUCUUGAGGAGCUUCAGUGAUGCUCUAAUCCGAUUCUCGCGAGACCAUCUGAGGGGUGAAGCAGUAGCCCCUCAUUAUGUUCCCUACCUCUUGGCCACACUCAACCACCACACAGCGCUCAGGUCGUCCAUGUCCUUCCUGCAAGUCGAGGGGGCGGCCUCAGUGGCCUUGGCGAGGGUGGAAGCUGCGCUGGAGGAGUUGCAGAGGAGGAUCUGCCGCUUGGUGCUGGAGGCACUGCUGGAGGAGCUCCAGCCCCUGUUCGCAACCCUGCCCUCGCGCCAAUGGCUGUCAAGCACAGAGCUGUUGGACAGUGUAUGUGAACGGACGGCAAGUUUAUGCAGAGAUUUCAGCCGUGUGCGGAGCCCUGGGGCCCAGCUGCUACUGGCAGAGGCAGAGCGCACGGUGGUGCUGCAGUACCUGCACGCGCUGAUGCAGGGCCGCUUAGUAUGCCGCGGUGCUGACGAGCGCACUCAGGCCGCCGAGCGCUUGCGGCUCGAUACCACCCGGCUGCAGGAGCUCUUCCUAGGUUUGGGUCUGGAGGAGAGUGCUCAGUGUGCACCGGUGCUGCUUGCCCUGCGGGAGUUGCUGCACCUCAGUGACCCCACGCUGCUUAGCCUCGAGGUGGCCAGCCUGCGGCAACAAUUCCCCGAUGUGAGUGAGGAUCACGUCUCUGCCCUCCUGGACCUGCGUGGCGACGUGUCUAGAGAGCAGCGCCUGGCCGCACUCAGCUCCCUGCAGGCUGGCCCGCCGCCCUCGCCCCCUGCUGGCCGCCGCGCACUCUUCAGCCUGGUGCCGGCACCGACGCCUGCGCGGUCCUCGUGCCUGCCAACCGGGCCCUGUGCCUGA